GUAAAUAUGUCUGCACCUCCGACGAGGAGAAGGUCGUUUUUGAUGGACUCUGAAAGAUAUAGAUUUCCAUUUCAUGGACUUGGCUCGGAAUUUCAUUUGGAUAACGAAGCCGUCGUACGCGAGGGAGGCAUGCUAUCCAAAGAAAAAAAAGGGAACCGUUUCAGAAAGAGCCCGUCGAUUUCUGUCAUUGGAGGCGAUGUAGAAAAGAAAUGCAUGUUGGUGCGAAUGUGCGAAUGCGUAUGCGAAACUCAAGCUUUUGGUUUGAAUGGAAUUACGAUAAAAGCUUUCGCGUAAAAAUUCGCCGUAUACUACAUUGAUAUGUGACGUGUAAUUCUGACAGACGGUCAACAUUCUUUCCUCCUCGAUACGCCAGCCUGAUUGUUCAACGACGGGACGUCCUACUAAGGGUGAAGCUGCAGCCGAACAUGCACUACAUCCUCACACCCAGUACCUGGAAAACAGACCGAAGAAAGAAGUUUUCUCUCUCCUUCUUUUGCUCCCCGUCGGUGGCGCAAAAGAUCGAGAUUUCGGAAGCGGUUUCUGGGGCCGUAGCGGUUUGAGGAUCGCUUGUUUGCUGUGACAGGAUCACCGAGAAGCACCCCACAAGCAAGUGCUAGUACCAUACCAAGUAGAGAAGUGUAUUAAGGUGUCGGCGCCGCGUCGCGCUCGCGCAGGGAAGAAACAAAAAGUUCGCAGCGGCGCGAAACAGACUCUGUCGCCGCUGUUGUUGCAACAAACAAAAAAAAACUCCGAGCGAGAACGGGAACUGCGCAAGCAAAUGCAAGAAAGAACGCAUCCGAC